AUGCCACAGUGGCUGGUAAUAGGAAUAUCUGGCGUUACGUGUGGCGGCAAAACAACUUUAGCUCACAAUUUACGAGAUUAUUUUCAAAGCUACCGCAAUGCAACGCUUUGGAACACACCAUACACGGUUAGUGAUGUACAACUCAUAUCUCAGGAUGAUUAUUUUCUUCCUGUAGAUGAUUUGCGACACAAGUGGGUAGAACCACUGAAUGCUAUUAAUUUUGAGUUGCUUACAUCGUUGGAUAUGAAACAAAUGCUCUCUGACAUAACAUGGACAAUGAAGGGACGCUAUUUGGCAGGGGAUCCAAUGGAGAAUGUGGACUACAAUAAUGAUAUGGUCCUUUACAGUGGCAAGUUGGAUCACUUCCCUCCGCAAACGCAACAGUACAACACCAACUACAUUGGUCAGCAACAUCAGACGACACACCAUGACAAUAUUCAUAAUAUUUCAUCGAAAUCCGCUCCCAACAAGUACGCCUAUCACCAGCAUUUCGCCCAAAACACAUCAUCCCAUCAUCAUAAUUUAACAAACAAUUCGAAUCAGAAUCAUUCAACGGCACACAUAAUGCGCAUCAACUCACAAAUGAUGGCCCAAAUGAGGGAUAACAAAAUUAACAUCUUGAUUAUAGAAGGCUUUAUGAUUUUUAAUCAGCCCGAGCUGCUAACACUUUGUAACAUAAAGUUUCACUUUCAUUUGCCGUAUGAAAAGUGCUUCGAACGCCGCCGCAAACGCACCUACGACCCUCCAGAUGUUGUGGGUUACUUUGAAAUGUGUGUGUGGCCACAUUAUGAGAAGAAUUUUAUGGAAUUUCGAGAUCGCAAGGAUAUAACAUUUUUAAAUGGCGAAAUUUCUAAGGACAAGAUAUUUCGAUUCGUCUUGAAACGUAUCGUACACUACUUCGAAGAGCGUUGUGAUGUGGCAUGUCCCCCGCCCCAGAAACUACUUGGGAUACCGAGCUGUAGCAAUGGUAACAUGACAAACAACUGUCUUCAAACAUGUCCUAUGGAGCAACAGUGAACACUAGGAUAUCCAUUUAAUCGCAUUACAUGUACAAUAAUCGACAAUAGGGUCGAUUAUCCAAAGUUAUUUGUAGAGAUAUAUUUUAUUUCAAAUUAUUUCAACAGAUUAAGGUUGAAAAUGUCUCAUCAUACACAUCUAUUUUUUGUGGUUAAGCCCGGUGCACAUUUUAUGUAAAUAUGUAUAAAAUACUAUUAUUUUUAAUUUACAUGUAUAGGUUUUAUAUAUGUAUGUAUAUGCUAUUAAUACCCAACAUACCAAAAUGGCUUGAGAAUAAUAUUACAAUAAGCUUAUGAACAUAAGCCUUAAGCUUGAGAAAAUCUUGAGAAAACAUUGAAAAAUGUUUGUAUAACAAGUAUAGAAUAAUCGAAACGGAACCCUUAUUUAUAAGCUUAUACUUGAAAUUGUAGAAUAUGCUUACAAAAAUAAUAUUAUAAUAAGCUUAUUUUUGUAAUAGUAUAAAAUAUUAUUUUUUUUAGUUUUUAAUCAUUUUUAACGUUUUUUCUUGAUGGACAUCCCAGUAGUCACUGCCGCAUGUGGCCUUGAUACCCUGACGCUUUCUUCUCCCUUAUUUGAACUUCUGCAUCUCUUCCACUAAGACUACACAUUUAUUGAAUUCCUGCAACUUUUUUGAUGCUUCCAAUCUGAAAUGGGAUUGGAAUAAUUUAUGUGAAAGAUUCCCGGAUUUAUUAUUCAUCCAUACCUUAAGGGUUCGGUCCACAAAUGGGUCCUAAAUUCGCGUGAUUUUGUUUUUUGCCAAAGAAAAUAAUUUCUUGCUGACAAUUUUCACAAAAAAUUAAAACUAAUUUGUCAACAAGGGACAGACUUGAGAAAUGUUUGUGGAACAUAAGUGUUCCUCAAGCAUUGUUGAAAAAUUAUAUUUUUAUAAUAUUGUUCUCAAGCUGUAUUGUAUUUUUGGUAUGUUGGGUAUUCGAAUGGUACUACUACUAGUUGUAAUCUAAAAAAUAUGAAUAAAACUUAAAACAUGGAAGAACUGUUUCCCAUAAAUAUAAA